UUUCUUAGUCUAUAAACCCUCUAGAUCUUGGAAAACUGAGGAUAUUAUGAGACAAUCAGUUAAGGGCUCUAAGAACAGCAAGGAACGUGCUGUUGAGCUAUUAAAAAGCCCGGGAUUUUCUUCAAUACAAAGCAAAAAUAGUGCUUCAAAGUUUAAGUUCGGGAGCUAUGGAAAUACUAGGGAAUGUAAUAUGUUGUCAUUUGUUAUUGAACCUCUUGAUUUUGAAGGGAUUCCUCCCAAUCUUGUGGUUAUUUUUAAAAAUAUAUGUAAAAGAGAUAAUACAACAAGAAUUAAGGGACUAGAAGAUCUCAGUAGCUGUAUAGAUGAAGAUACGGAUGUGGUGAAUGAGGAGAAUGUGUUAAAAGUCUGGUCAUAUCUAUAUCCUCGGUUAUCAAUAGAUAUGGAGCGUCAGGUUCGUUUACAGUGUAAUCAGGUACAUGGGAAGAUAUGUGUUGUAUCAGGGAAGAGAAUUGUUAGAGUUAUUAAGGAAAUUAUUGGACCAUGGAUGAUGUCAAAUUUUGAUAGUGAUUAUGGGGUUAAAAAAGUAUCAAUAGAGUCAUUUAAUGCGGCAUUUCAGAGUGAGGAGAAGCGUAUUAUUGUUAAGAAGGUGUAUCAGAAAUAUAUUAUUAGUUUUAAUAGGAAUAUUAUUCUUAAACAAUCUCCUAAUACAUUAAGUGAUGUGCGAUAUGUGUCUCAGGAGGACUCUAAAGCCAAGUAUUAUAGAAUUAUUUCUUCUAUAUUGGCGUCACUUGCAGAUAUUAUAUUGAAUUUGGAAUUAGAUGAGCUUAAGAAGGAAGAAUCAUCAUAUGAUGAGAUUAUGGGGUCUGAGAAAUUUUGGAAAUUCUUAUAUGAAACAGAUCUUAUUGGAAGGAAACAUUUUUAUCAAGUGAUUAAAAAUAUAUCAGAGAAGUGGCCAGAAUUGUUAAUUUCUCAAAAAAAUAUGAUUAAGAAGUCAGUGACAAAAUUAAUGAAGAAUACAGAAAAAUCAUUUAUAUCAAUUAUUCUCCCAACUAUGGAAAUAUUCUUUUCAGUAUGUCCUGAGUUAUGGGGAUAUGAUUUUUUUGGUGAUUCUGAGAUAUUUUCUUAUUUUAAAAGGUUGAUCUUGAAUAAUGAUUUUGAUUCUACACAAUUCUGGAAUUGUUUUUAUAAUCUUAUAACAAAAAUACCUUUAAAUCCUGAAAAAUCUGACUUUGAUGUAUAUUUAAAUGAUUUCAUAAAAACCAUUUGGGAUGGUGCAUCUAAAAAGACUAAAUAUAAUAAUGAAGUGGGCUUUGAAACAUUUUUUAAAAUUAUGUGUUUCUAUAUGAAACAUUUUGAAAAUACAAGUACAGUAUUAUCUAUAUUUGAAAAGAAAAUCAUGGAUAUUAUUAUUAAUUAUUUCACUGAUAUAACAUCUUUCAGUAUUAAAAUGUCAGAUAAUUUCAGACAUGCAUUGGUGAAGGGGUUUUUGAGAAAUGAAUAUAUCUUAAAUGAUAUUUUUAAUAAGUUUUGGUGUGAAUCAAAGCAAUGUAUUUUUGAAAAGUUAUUAAAAACAUCAAAUAUUACAUCUGAAGGGAAUUAUGAUGAACUUUAUACUAUAUGUGUACGUUGGAUAAAUACUGCUGAUGAAUUUAACACAGAAACAAAUGAUAAUACUGUUUUGGAUGAUAAAUCAUUUGUUUAUUUAACUAUAUGUGAAGUAAUAUAUUCUAUAAUUUGCUAUAUUAGGAAUUGUGAUGAUUUAUAUCAAAAAAUAGUAGAAUUAUUAAAUUAUGUUUUAUCUAAGUUUUCAGAUAUCAUAUUUAAGGAUCAAAGAAUUCUUUCAGAAUUUGAAAGUUUUAUUAUGGAAAAAAUUCCUAGAUUUAUUACAUCAUUAACAGAAUCUAUUGGAUCUAUUCUUUUAAUUUAUAUUUUAAAAAACAAAAACACUGAAAGUGUAGGUUUGGUUUGGGCAUCUUUAUUUUCACAUCUUUCAAGGAUAGAAAGUGGAUCAGAACGAAAUGUUUUUACUCACAAAAUAGUGAAAAUGAUAAUUGAUAGUAAAAUUAAGAUACAAGAUUUAAGAAAUUGUUUGCCUAAGGUUAAUUUAAUUGAUGAUGUUUUAUUAGAUUGUGUGCAUUUUAAUAUUGAUAAUAAUUUGGGGAAUUGGGAAUGUUUAAAUGAUUUUCUUACUGUUAAAGAAAUUGUCUUUUCAAAGGAAAGUAUUAUUAAAAGUUUGAUUUUCUUGGUAGAAAAGGUCUUUUGCUCAAAUGAUUCUGAGCCUUAUUAUAUAUUCAAUGACGAUCGAAUCUUAGUUCUGUUACAUAAAGUAUUAGGUGACAAUUCUGAUUUAUGUUCAUGUUUUCUUCAGAAUUUCCAAGCUAUAGAAUUUCAUAUAAAAAUAUGGAAUUUUGUUUAUAUUAAAAAGGGAAAUAUUUCAGAAAGAAUCUCUAUUUUCAAUGAUUUAUUUGAGCAGAUCUAUUGUUUAAAUGAUGAAAUAGGUAGUAAUCUAAGAUUAAAUAUCGCAAGUAUUAUUCAGAAACAAAUUUUAUUAUUAGAUUCACUUGAUUUUUCAUUAAUGAGAUCACUUUGUUCAUUAAGUGUAAAGGUGUUAUCUUUUGCUACAGAAUUAGAAAAAAAGGAUCUUUUGGCUAUAUUUUUAUUUCCAAUUCAUGAAUGGGAUAUGGCUUUUUCUUCUUUAAUUUCAGAAUAUCCUAAUAAAAACUUGGAAUUGUUUAAUUCUUUGAAAACAUGUUGUUUAAUAUUUUCAAAUCCUGUUAAAACAAAAGGAAAUAUUGAAACUGAUAAUAUAUCAAAAUUAUUAAAAAUUUCUGUUUUUUCUAAGACAAUAAUCAAUUUUCUUAAAUUGGAUUUGUGUUCUUUGGAAAUUCAUUGGACAAUAUUAUAUGGAAUUAUGAUUUGUGAAGAGCUUAUCAGAGACAAUUUCGAGUUAGAACAAGCAAAUUGCUUAUGGAAAUCGAUAACCAAAGAUCAGGAACAGGAAUUGUUUACCUUAAUAGAAAAAAGCAAUGAUUUUGUUUUUGAUUUAUUAACUUUGGAUAAAAUUGAAAUUCUUGGUAUUGACAAUUCUGUACAAAGAAAUGAUAUAAAGUUUCUUGAAAUAAUAAAGAUGAAAUCUAUUGGAUCUUCGCCUGAAACAUAUUAUUCUGCUUGUGUAUUAUCUAGAACUCUUCAAUUCUUGACAGAAAAGAUUGAAUAUUCUCAAGAAGAAGUAGAAACAUGGUUAAAUGAUAUAUCUAUAGAAAAUAAUCAAAAUGUAUUUAUUUUUGCAGCUAUUAUUAAUGGAUUUCAAGAAAAGCUAUUUUUUUCAAAAAGAUUGGAAGGCAUAAGAAAUAGAAUUGGUAGUGAUCUAUCUGGUGAUUUUAUUGUUGAUAGAGAUCUGAAAAAAAUUAUCUUAUUUAAUAUAUUUAUACCAUUUGAUGAUAGUCUCUGGAAACAUUUUCCACAACAGCGUAUAAUAUUUCUCUUUCAAAAUCUUUUAAAAUCAAUUGAUAAAAAAAACUUAAUAAAAGUUGAAUAUAUUGAUUUUUGUGUUGAAAUUACAAAAAUAUUUAUAAAGUUAAUACCUUUUAUAAAAACUAUUGAUGGAGUUUAUUGGUAUAAUAUUUGCGAUUAUCUUUGUGAAUGUCUUAGGAUUUGUACAGAAACUUCAUUAGAAUUUUUGAAUUUUGAAUUCUAUUCAAUGAAACUUUUUAUGACUUUAAGCAAUUGCUAUUCUUUCAACGAUUCUUUUAAUGAUUCAUGGAAUAUUCAUUCUAAGACUUUAUAUUCAUACUUGUUUCAAUUAUUUAUUCAUAAAAAAGAGACAUAUGUAAAAAAUCAACCUUUAGAUAUUUGUAUUCAACUUUUGUCAAGAAUUUUAUUACAGAUUCCUAUAGAUAUUGUUCAAAAGCCAUUAGUAAAUUUGCUUUAUCUUCAUUUAUUAUCUCAAUGGAAAUAUACACAAAUUGUUACAUUUGAUUGGUUAACAAAUUGGAUUUUAAAAGAUCAGGAAAAUUUAAUUAUAGAAACUGAAUUUUCUAAAGAAAUAGAUAUCAAUUUGCCUUCAGAAUUGCUUUUUAUGAUUUCAGAUCUUCCAUGUUAUGAUACAUUAGAUAAUAUUGAUCAUGAAAAUAAUGUAUCUUCUAGACUUCGAGGUUAUUUUCUUUCUUGGAUUCUUAUUUUUACAUAUUUUAAAAAUACGUCAUACAUAUUAAAGUCCAGUUAUAUUGAAAGUCUGAAAAAUAAUAAUUGUAUUCCAUUGACAAUUGAAUUUAUAUUUAAAACUCUUGAAUUAUUAACUGAUAAACCUAUAAAUACAAUAGAAAUAUUAUGGGAUAUCUUAGAAUGGAAAAAUAUAGAUAAUAUAAAAACCGAGAUGCUAUCUUUAAUAGUGUAUGUAUAUUUACUUAUACUCAGACAUAUUCCAUCUCUUGCAAGAGAUUGGUGGAUUGGAUGUAAAAAUAGACAAUUGACUCAAUCAGUAGAAACGUUUACAGAGAAAAAUAUAUCUUCUAUUUUGAUUGAAGAUGAAAUUGCUUCAGUAUUAUUAGAAUCUAUGCAAUUAAAAAUAAAUGAUGAUAAUAUACAUGUUAAAACGUCAAAAACUACUCGUGAAGUUACAACUUCUUAUACAAUUGAUGAUCAAUAUUUAGAAAUGGUUAUCCGGUUGCCUGCUUGCUACCCUUUGAAUCAGGUUAUUGUAGAAGGUGUACAAAAAAUUGGUGUUAAAGAUGCACAAUGGAGAGCAUGGUUAUUAGCUUCUAGAAUUUUAAUAACUACACAAAAUGGAAGCAUUGCAGAUGCUGUAAGUCUUUUCAAACGGAAUGUUUCACUCCAUUUUGAAGGAGUCGUUGCUUGUAACAUAUGCUUUUCAAUCAUAUCAGUUCAAGAUAGAUCUUUACCCAGUAAAAAAUGUGCAACUUGUAAAAACAAAUUUCAUUCUGGAUGUUUAUAUAAAUGGUUUAAAACAUCAAAUACUUCUAAAUGUCCUUUAUGUCGAACUACUUUUUCUUUUUCAAUAUAGGUUUAAUAAAGAAAUA